GAGAAUUGGCUGAAUUGCCUAUAUAAACGCUCUCUCUCCUCUCUCUCUCUCAGACUGGCGUUGAGGCCGGCCCAUAACUCCGGCAACUUAGCUUCCGUGAUUCCAUGUGCAACUUCAUCUUCCCCAUUAAUUUCACUUCUCUUCUUCUCUACCCUAAGUAAACUUCUCCGUUACUUGAACAUUUUUGCCGCUGAAUCUUCACGACGUUGUUGUUGAUGUUGUCUCUCGUUCUUCUGAUCUUGUCACUUCAAUUUCAGUGACAGUGCCCCUGCAACUGGAGGUAGAUAGAAUGGGACUGACCACUAGAAUUCUACGCUUCAGCGGCUUCAAUGGCUUCAAAGUAACCAUAAUGAAGCAGAAUCGGCCGUUUUCAGCAAGACCCUCUUCUCAGACUCUCGUAUCCGUCAACCAAUCACACUACAGGAAGCGUGUGUUACUGACAAAUCUCCUGCAGAGGUAUGGUUUCACUCCCUCUAGUCUCCAGAAUCUCCUCUCCAGGAACAAUGCUUUGUUGAGUUCUGAUUUGGCCAAGAUUGAGAGUUCUCUGGGUAUCUUGAUUGCACUAAAAAUCCCCCAUAAAUCACUCAUUUCAUUGGUAUGUGAUUGCCCUGGUGUUCUUCGAUCAGAGUUCCUGAGUAAAUGGCAAGUUCCUCUUUUGGAGUGUGGGGAAUCUGUUGCUUCGCCUUCUGUGGUUAGGAACAUAUUGGAACAUUCUAGUAGAUUUGGGGUAGGCCCAUAUAGGUUUUCUGAAUGUUUGAGGAUUUUGAGGGGCGUAGGAUUUUGCGAUAGUACCAUUAGUAGGAUUUUAGGUUUAUUCCCUGCUAUUCUUAUGGUGAAGGAACUUGAAAUUCACCGGAAGAUUGAUUUUCUGGGAGGAAUUGGCAUUCCUCGUAACAGUAUUGAGAGGUUCCUUUACGUUUUUCCUGAAAUUCUGGGUCUUAGUAUCGAGAACAGACUUAAGCCAUUGCUUGAUGAAUUUCUCAAGAUGGGAUUUAGCGUAGAUGACAUAAGGAGAGAAAUUGAAAGAGAACCAAGAGUUCUUCGCUUGGAGUUGGGGGAGCUUUCACGGUGUUUGGAGUUGCUCCGGACCUUAAAAUGCCGUGAAGUAAUCAGAGAGAGAAUUUUCAGUGAGGGAGUAUUCCGAGCUGGCUUUGAAGUGAAACUUAGAGUUGAUUGCUUAUGCAAAUAUGGGCUUAUUCGUAGAGAUGCAUUCAAGGUUUUGUGGAAAGAGCCGAGGGCGAUCUUAUACGAGAUAGAGGACAUAGAAAAGAAGAUUGAGUUUUUAACAAACACAAUGGGAUUUAGCAUCAGUUGCUUGGCUGAGGUACCAGAGUAUUUGGGGGUAAAUCUCCAAAAGCAUAUUAUCCCCCGGCACAAUGUCAUUGAUUACUUGAGGCUAAAAGGCGGGCUUGGUUGUGAUAUUGGAUUGAAGGGAUUGAUAAAACCAAGCAUGAAUAGAUUUUAUAAUUUAUAUGUGAAGCCAUACCCAGAGUGUGAAAGAAUUUUUGGCAGGAGACAGGAGAAUGCCCAUGUACAGAAACGACAUCCUGCUGGACUUUGGAAGCUUUUCAAGCCGCCUAGCCAUCCACCGACAAAGGAAGAUGUGAAGAACAUGAAGUCCUUUGUGGAAUCUCUUAUUUAGUGGGUUGGAGCUUUGCACGAGUCCUGCUUUGAAGGAAAUCAGAUAAAGAGGUAUUUCUGGCAUCUUCUUCGUAUCUGAAAUCUUAAGAAAUAUCAUGGCUACAACAAUAACUCGAGGGCAUAUGGUCUCUUAUCUGUCCAAGCAAGCCGUUUCGUUUAGAAACUAAUCAUCUUUAGAUUUUGGGAAUGAAGCAGCAAAGAGAAGAAUGCGUAUGUUGGAGCAGAGCACAGUGCAAGAUCAUGCAAGAACGGCGAUAAACCGACCUACAUUGGUUUCUGCAUCUGCCAUCCGGGAGGCCAGAGACAUCUAAUCCACUCUGUUGCCUGAAUAUCCCGAGGGUUCAGUAAUAUCUGCUGACUCAGAUUCCGACAAGUCGGGCAAACAGUUCUGUUCUUUGGGUUCUUAUAUAGCAACUUGAAAGCUGUUGUACAAGUGGUAGCUCCAGACCAUUGAUUGAUUAAGAGUACAGGUAAAAAAAAACUGAGUUUAUUAACAGAUGUGGACGAUAAUGAACUCUGCCCAGCAGUUGGAUUCUCCUUGUGGCAAAACGCUACAUGAAUCUGUUAUAGAGCCAGCCUCGGUUUGUACCACUUGAUGUCGGAAUUAUAGGUUUCUUGCCUCCCAAGAAACCGAUAUGACCUGAGACUGAGUCGUGAGCCUAGGGUUAGACCCUUCGCCGUCUUUGGUGAUGCGUGGAUGGAUGGAUGUUCUCGCAAUACAAGCAUUUGUCUAUGACAUUUUAGAUCAAUUUUUUUCAACAAUUAUUUUUGCUAAGAAUUAAUUGAAAUCAUUUAUAGUUGUAAAAUAAGAAAAGAUUGUGAAAGAGCCCAAUAACUUUUUUUUCCAUUCAACUUGCGU